ACUUAUUCUUUUAUUGAAUUUAACUACGAAUUACUAUUGAAAGAUAUAAUGUUUGUUAUAAAGGCGUUGUUCUCUGUUUUGUCUGUUUUUCUUUCGGUGGAAGCUGUCCCUGUGGUUUUUAAAGAGUCAACACCUAAUGGAGAAGCCAUAGUCGCGAUAUCAUCUUCCGAUCCCAACGUAGAGAAAUAUUUUACUGAACAAUUUGCAACGAGAUCUGGUUUCACACAACUGCACCCUGAGGAACAAAAUCGUCCAUACAACAAUGGACCUAAUGGACAAGGUGUACAUUCAAGCUUCAGUAUCGCCGUACCUGGCAAGGCUGUAGCAGGAGCAGGGAGAAGCUUCGCAUCAGCGUCUACUGGACCUUUUGUCCCACUCUUUGCAUUUCCAAUAGCUCCCGAGGGCUUCGGAUUUAACAACUUUGACCUCAAAGACUGGGUUCGAAACGUUGAAAGCUUCUACAACCCACACUUUGCUGGCAACGGCCAAGUAAAUACUGCAACAGCAAUCAACGAUAAUGGUCACAUUUACGGUAAUGUAAACAAAGUCACGUUCGAUAAUAGAGAAAAAAGCACUGAUGAUUUUAAUAGUAUGGUAAAGAAACCGGACAAUUCAGAUAAAGUUGUAUCACCUUUUGAUAAGAACAUGAAGAACAAUGCCAUCACUGACAACAAAGGAGGUUACAGAAGUUUUUAAGUGCGUCUUUGUUAGUUAGAACUAUCUAAUACUGAUUUGUCAAUUAUUUAACGAUAAGUUUCAUAUUAAUUAAGUUAAGAAUAUGUUUCAGUAAUAAACACAAUUUAAAAAUCA